CAUGCUAAACGACUUUGAUGUCAGAGCUCCCAUCAGCCCUCUACACCUCGCUGCGUACCACGGCCACCACCAUGCUAUGGAGGUCCUGGUUCAGUCUCUGCUGGAUCUAGACGUGAGGUACCUGUCUGCCUUAAAAAGCCAUGUGGAGUGUGUUGACGUCCUCAUCAACCAGGGAGCCUCCAUCCUGGUUAAAGACUUCACCCUGAAGAGGACCCCCAUUCACGCUGCAGCAACCAACGGUCAUUCGGAGUGUUUGCGUUUGCUGAUUGGAAAUGCUGACCUCCAGAGUGCAGUGGACGUUCAAGACGGGAAUAGACAAACCCCUCUGAUGCUGUCGGUGCUGAGCGGACACACAGACUGUGUGUACUCACUGCUCAACAAGGGAGCCAGCGUAGAAGCCAAAGACAAAUGGCACAGAACAGCUCUACACAGAAGGGAGUCAGAGGUCAGUGGGAAUGACCUCACCCUCAUAGACCUGGAUGACCCCAUCAAUGACGGUGAUGUUAUGAAGGAAGACAGGUAA